AUGACACCCCUCUACCAUUUCAGUGUAGUGAAUGAACCUCUCUACCAGGUCAGUGGAGUGAAGGAACCCUUCUACCAGUUCAGUGGAGUGAAGAAACCCGUCAAACAGUUCAGUGCAGUGAAGGAACCCUUCUACCAGGUCAGUGCAGUGAAGGAACCCUUCUACCAGUUCAGUGGAGUGAAGGAACCCUUCUACCAGUUCAGUGGAGUGAAGGAACCCUUCUACCAGUUCAGUGGAGUGAAGGAACCCUUCUACCAGUUCAGUGGAGUGAAGGAACCCUUCUACCAGUUCAGUGGAGUGAAGGAACCCGUCUACCAGUUCAGUGGAGUGAAGGAACCCUUCUACCAGUUCAGUGGAGUGAAGGAACCCUUCUACCAGUUCAGUGGAGUGAAAGAACCCUUCUACCAGUUCAGUGGAGUGAAGGAACCCUUCUACCAGUUCAGUGGAGUGAAGGAACCCGUCUACCAGUUCAGUGGAGUGAAGGAACCCUUCUACCAGUUCAGUGGAGUGAAGGAACCCGUCUUCCAGUUCAGUGCAGAGAAGGAACCCUUCUACCAGUUCAGUGGAGUGAAGGAACCCUUCUACCAGUUCAGUGGAUUCAGUGGAGUGAAGGAACCCUUCUACCAGUUCAGUGGAGUGAAGGAACCCUUCUACCAGUUCAGUGCAGUGAAGGAACCCUUCUACCAGUUCAGUGGAGUGAAGGAACCCGUCUACCAGUUCAGUGGAGUGAAGGAACCUGUCUUUCAGUUCAGUGGAGUAAAGGAACCCGUCUACCAGUUCAGUGGAGUGAAGGAACCCGUCUACCAGUUCAGUGGAGUGAAGGAACCCGUCUUCCAGUUCAGUGGAGUGAAUGAACCCGUCUACCAGUUCAGUGGAGUGAAGGAACCCCUCGCUCAUUCCCAGGAUGAGAUUCAGUCUGCGUGGUUUGCAGUGCCUUGGGGACCUGGAUGGAUGUCCUAA